AUGGACGAUCCUUUGUUUUACAUCACCGCGAAUUCGUUGCAAAAGAGAGACGCAAUGGAUAUAGUGGAAGAGCGGAGAGACUUCUUGAAGUGGACGUCUGGAGAACGGGUACUGGACAUCGGCUGCGGUCCAGGGGAUGUAACAGUCAACGUCCUCUUUCCAAUCCUCCCGGAAGAUGCAACACUGGUGGGUUGCGACAUCUCAGAAGAAAUGAUUACAUAUUGCAAUAAGUUUAUAAAUAAUGACAGAAUUAGUUUCAAAACGCAGAACAUCGAGGAUAAAGACAUUGCUGAAAUCUUGGAGUUGGAAUCUUUUAACAAAAUAUUUUCAUUUAAUUGUUUACAUUGGAUAAAAGACCACAGACAAGCCAUGGAGAACAUGUUCUCCUUGUUGAAACCUGGUGGUGAAAUUUUGCUGAUGUUUGUUACUCCGAAUAAUCCAGUAUUGGUAAUGUUUUAUAAGUUGAACGCUUCAGAUAAAUGGAGCAAAUAUAUUAAGAAGAGACAGUGGUUUUACAAGGCUGAUGAUCCUCCUUCAUUUUUUCAUCAAAUUCUAGAAGAUGUUGGCUUUCAUAAUAUCAACUGUUACUUACAAAAAAGAAGCCGUCGUUAUCCUUCUUUAGAAGCCCUAUCUGAUUUUCUGAAGCCUAUAAACCCAUACCUGCAAUAUAUCCCAGACGAAUUAAAGUCAGAAUACAGACAAGACUUGAUAGAUAUCUGUAAACGAGAAGGAGUCGUUAAAUUUGAUGCAGUGACUGAAGAGCUUAUACUUGAAUAUCAUUCAAUCGUUGCUAUUGCCCACAAACCUAAUAAGCAAUUUAAACUUGAAAAUUUUAUGAUUUAG